AUGGAACAGCUAGAAUCUAGUGAUAAUUUAUAUUCUGAAGAACUAUUAAAUUUAGCCAGCAAUCAAGUUGAUCAAGCAAUUUCACAUGCGCUAAAUUCUUUAGUACGAAUUCUUUCAUGCCCAUGUAUUUCUCUUACGACAACAUCAUCAUCAUCAUUUCAAAAUCCGUCAAUAUCACCAAUAAAUCGUUCACUGCAACCGAAUGUUUCAAUACGAUGUCGAUCAUCAGGAAGAAAUAAUCGACGUGAAAGAAAAGUUUCUUUUCAUCAUACAAUCCCACGUUGCUCAUUACCAGCAACACAAAAUGAUCUUGUUCUAUAUCAAUCCCGUUUAUUAUCAUCCUAUCAACAAACCGAUCUGGCAAUAUGUAAAUCGUCUCAAAAUGUAAAUGGUUCAAAUCGAACUUUCGACGUGCAAUAUUCAUUCAGUCUAAAUAAACCGUGGCUAACUAAAGUCGACAAACGACGACAUAAUCUAAUCAGUAUUCAAAAUUUUGUCAAUGAACUAGUCGAACAUUCAACUCGAGCUGCUUUCCUGCAGAUUGAUUAUCAACAUAUAACAAAUAAUUGUAGAUCUUUCUAUGAAUUUGAUACUUCUUGUCUUCUAUUCGAUUGUUCUCCAUCCUAUGCUCCUAUUGAACGUUUAAAAGCAAUAAAUUCCUAUGCUGACCAACUUAUUCAUUCAGCUAUUAAGCAAUCAAUUGAAAAUGUAUCGUCUUCGAAUGAAAAUCUUAUUGAAAAUUUAUCAAGCCGUUUUACAGAAGAAGUCAUAAGCGACGCUCUAUCUACGAUAAGUUCGAAUGAAAUGUAUUCGAAAACUCUUUUAACUGAUGAUGAAAAACAGUCGAGAAAAACUAAAAAGCGUUCUACACCGACCAUACGCUUAGCAAAUAAUGAAAACAGUGAACCUCAAUCGACUUUAUUUCAUCAAAUAAGACACCGUUCAUCAUCGGCAUUUCGUACAAUAACUAAUAAUUAUACACGGCGAGAAACAGUGGAUUCUGUUGUAAAUAAUAUAGCUCAAAAAGUCUAUAUCGACUCGUUCGAUGAAUUGCGACAAAUUUUUAUCAAAAAUAAUGGCAAAUAA